AAAAAUAAAAUGUUUUUGAUCUUUAAGUAGAAGUAGAUCCGUGCGAAGCGCUGUCCAAAAAAAUUGUGAUUUGAUUAAUCUAUACAGACGCAUUGCCGUGUUAGUACGAACGCCAUCUUCAGCGAACCCGUUCGAGAGGAUACAGACAGGGAACGUUAAUGAGUUGACAUUUUGACCUGUACGUUGUGAAGCUAUUAUCUCGACCCACGGGUGCACGGUAUCGGUAUGCAGAGUUGCACAUGUAUAGCAUAACACGUUAGACCAGAUUAUAGCAGAGACCCAAACAGCGCACCAGGUAAAUUUUGUUCUAAAGAUCGAUGACCCUUGUUGAUAUGAUGAUGGAAGGGAGCUUAAUAGACCGGAAAGAUUCACCAUGCCAGUCUUCGUUACAUAAUCGCACUAGGCACACUGCUUACUGCGCUUUAAAAACAAGAUACCAUGGAUUUAACAAAACUUUGGGUUAUUGUGGUUUUUAUAAUAUGCUACGAACAAUUCAGCAUCGCAAGCAACGUCAAUGUACUCAACAAGAACGAUCCUGGCAGAUCAAGGCCGAAAAAAUCAGCCAAUGCCGACAUAUACCUGGCACUUCCGCCGGAAAAUGUUAAGACCGGUAAAGAAGAUAGCUCUCCGACGUUGAUACGCUUGGAACCCAAUGUUCCCAACAAGUUCAGAGGCAAGUUUCCUGCUCCAAUUGAACGCUUCAUACAACGCAUACAAAACUAUUUUUCCGUAUACAACCCUCCAGAGUACCUAAAUGACUUGAGACCCGGUAUCAAUAAUUCAGAGAACGAUGGAGACCAGAUAGAUAAUUCUAAUGACACACAAAUUAUACUUCCAUGCAACGGCACAAGUACGAUAGUGAUCAUUCCAGUACCGUUAGAAAAUGAAAUUAGCAAUCAAAAUACAAAUCCGGACAAAUCAGAGGGUUACAAAGAUCCUACGACGCAGAAACCGUAUUAUUUCGAUUUAGGGACUUCUAAGCCGCCAUAUCCUGAAGAAGAAACUACGACUAAGGCGAAAUGCCCUGAAGCGGUAACUACGCCAAAACCGAAUUGUCCCCAGGAAAUUACUACGCCAAAACCGAAUUGUCCCGAAGAAGUAACUACGACUAAACCAAAAUGUCAUAAAGAAAUUACAACACAAAAACCUAAGUGUCCUGAAGAAGUGACUACAAUUAAACCAAAAUGUCCGGAAGAAAUAACUACAACAAAACCUUUAUGUCCUGAAGUUACUACACCAAAACAAGAGAUAUGCACUGAAGAAACUACGACUUCAAAGCCCAAAUGUCCGGAAGUAACUACUCCAAAACCCAAAUGUCCGGAAGUAACUACUCCAAAAUCCAAAUGUCCGGAAGUGACUUCUCAAAAACCUCAAUGCCUACCAACUCCUCAAAAACCAAUUUGUCCACCCAGACCAAAUACAGCUUCGAGUGAUCCAAAACCUAUAUCUGGUUAUAGUGGACCCAAUGAAGUUCCACCGCUGAACCUAGUUGCCCAACCCGUUGUUGGCUCCUCCGUGUUUUUCUACUACAAAAAUCUUUCUACUUCGUCCCCAGAUUUACCGUUGCCCGUAUACUACGUGCCAAAUACUCAGGCACAUUACGAAGUUCAAACGAGCACUCGUAGACCGAAACCGCCUCUUGCACGUCUAAAACAAUUAUUAUUCCCUCGUUUAUAUGCAGCUUUCCAUCCUGAAGAUCAAGAAUAAUAUAUUUUAGGCUCAACGUGAAAAUAUAUAAUAAUAAUUUAUAUAUUUAUACAUUAGGAUUAUAUAAUUAUUUAUUUGUAUUCAUUUUUAUAUACAUACAUAUUGUAAUAUAUUAUAUUAAAGUUUGCUAUAACUCAAAAUUAUGACAUAAGACCGGAAUAAAAUAUUUUAAUGGUAGUAACUUAUUAAACGUUGAAUCGAACUCACAAAUAAUAUUGUAUUGGAUUGAAACAAGAAAAUAAUAUUAAUUAUGCCACUUAUUUCAUU